AUGACGGAACCCAGUCAAAGCAGCACACCCAUAGACCUAGCGAAGGAGAAUGCGCGCCUUAGAGCUACGAUUGAAGGCCUCCAGGCGCGAUUGCAGAACGAGAGAAGAAUUUCCGGUGCCAACAUUGAAGAGCUGGAGAAACAUCGCGUGGCCAACCGCGCCCUGCGCCGCCAAAGUGAGCAACUCCGAAGUGAGCUUAGUGACCUACCUCUGGGCGGUGGCGAUAUCGAUGAUGGGUUGUUCAUAUACAGAGAUACGCCCAGCAGCUUCGCGCGUCUUCUAAUCGUGCCCUUGGAAAUGAAGCAGGCAGUAGUCCAGGAGUCAGGCGACUGGGACAGUGGCCCAUCAAAUGAUGCCUCCAGCUGGUUUGGCCGGCUGCGCUCUGCUGAAUUGCCACUUGCGGACGAACGGUGCUUGCGGACGAACGCUGCUUGCGCGAUCUCUUCGUUCGACAAGUGCCGACAAUUUGGACACGCAUAG